AUGAGCUUUGAGGUAAAAGACAUCACGACUACCAGCUCUUACGAGUUCCACCUCGGGCAACCCGACAAGUCAUCAACACAAGAGAUCGCUGGCAGAAACAUGGACCCCAUGAAACUUCUGACUAUGCUUCGGAUACAGUUUGCAGGCGCGUAUGAAGUCCAGAUGAUGCAUAACACCUAUUCAAUAAAAGCCCCUAGGCGGCUUUCCAUUGGCGAAAUUGCUCAAUGUCGUCGAAUGCAUCGGACACGCCGGAUGCGUCGAUCAUAA